ACUAGAGAUUCGCAACCCAUGUCAAACAUUAGUUGAGUAAAGUAUAGAAUUGAUUUAUUUUUUAUAAUGUAUCGAUAUAAUUUUUAUACCAUAUUAGGAUAAAUGAACAAGUGAGUAACCAUUUAAUCUCAAAAAUGCUACAGCGGUUUCUGAUGAUCAUUGACGUGCGGUGAAAUCACCGUAAUCUAGUUACUUGCUUGUCCAUUUAUCAUAAUGCGCGAUAAAGUAAUAUCGAUACAUUUAUUGAAAUAUAUCAAUUGAUUACUUUGCUCAACUAAUAUUUGACAACUGUUACGAAUCUCUAGUUUAGAUAUCUGUGGUCUAGAGCAUAUUGCCAGUCUCUGGUCUUUUUCAUGGCUGACGUUCGAAGGGUCUAAUCGCAGUCAUGAAGCUGAACGUUUCGUUCCCGGCAACGGGAUGUCAGAAGUUAUUUGAAGUGGUGGACGAGCACAAGCUCCGUAUCUUCUAUGAAAAGCGUAUGGGCGCAGAGGUGGAGGCUGACCUGCUAGGCGAUGAGUGGAAAGGAUACGUACUCCGCGUUGCCGGCGGUAACGACAAGCAAGGUUUCCCCAUGAAACAGGGUGUCCUCACCAACAGCCGUGUUCGUUUAUUGAUGUCAAAGGGCCACUCAUGCUACAGACCGCGUCGUGAUGGUGAAAGGAAACGCAAGUCUGUCCGUGGCUGCAUUGUUGAUGCUAACCUCUCUGUGUUAGCUCUGGUCAUUGUCCGCAAGGGUGAACAGGAAAUCCCUGGAUUAACCGACGGAAAUGUUCCCCGCCGUCUUGGUCCCAAGCGUGCGUCCAAGAUCCGCAAACUGUUCAACCUUAGCAAGAGGGACGACGUCCGCCGCUACGUCGUGAAGCGCCUGCUCCCCGCCAAGGAGGGCAAGGAGAAUGCUAAACCCAGAUACAAGGCUCCCAAGAUCCAGCGACUGGUUACACCCGUCGUUCUGCAACGCAGACGUCACCGUCUAGCUCUCAAGAAGAAACGCCUCGCCAAACGCAAGUCUGCCGAGGCUGACUACGCCAAACUGCUUGCACAGAGGAAGAAGGAAUCCAAGGUCCGUCGUCAGGAAGAGAUCAAACGCAGGCGUUCGGCUUCAAUGCGCGAUUCAAAGAGCUCUAACCAGAGUGCGCCUCAAAAGUGAUCUACUUUACUCAAUAAAAAAAGUAAAACCUAAA